CAGGACAAACAGGAGCGCAUCAGCAGUCUGCGUGACGCCCCGACACAAACGCACCUCUGUCCCGCCACCGGCUGCGGUCUCCUCACUUUCUUCUCGAGGAAUAAAAAGACGAUUCCCCCGCGCCAAAUAAAAGCCCACUUAGGGCGUUUCCAUCAUAUUAACAUGGCUUAGGGAACUUGUGUGAAAGAGGAGAGGGGAAACGGAACUUUCAGGGGUCCUUCUUUCAGCAGCGGAUCGGUCGCAGAGGGCAGCAGGCUUGGUUUCAAGACAGGAGGGCCAGAGCUUCCUGUCUUUUCGCCUCAUCUCCGCAUAUUCCGACGCGUGGAUGGUAUGGUGUAACUUUCCUGCUCUGUGCCAGAAAGGAGCCGCUUCACGGUGUAAGCGCAGAGGGCAUGCGAGAAUCUCCUCCGUCUCGGAUAGUGGAGUGGCUAUGAGGAGAGAGGUUCACCUGCUGGGUUAACGGAACAGGACCACACCGCACCAACAGAAUGCGGGAGCGGGGUCUUUGGAUUUGUGGAGUAGGUGUAUGGAGUCUUCUGCUAUCCCUUUGUCUGACCUCCCUCACACAUGCACACAGAAGUCAUACAGUGCACGUAAAGGCAGGAACAUGUGAGGUAAUUGCUGCCCACCGCUGCUGCAACAAGAACAAGAUUGAGGAGAGAUCUCAGACUGUCAAAUGCUCCUGUUUCCCCGGCCAGGUUGCCGGCACCACUCGGGCGAUGCCCUCCUGCGUUGAUGCCUCCAUUGUAGCCCAAAAGUGGUGGUGUCAGAUGCAGCCGUGUAUGGAAGGUGAGGAGUGCAAGGUUCUACCGGACCUCACGGGAUGGAGCUGCAGCACGGGCAACAAAGUCAAGACCACAAAGGUAACCCGAUAGUCCUGCUCAUCUCAAGUCAAAAAGAAAAGAACGCGGCAAAGUUAUUUACUCAGCACAAUGAACUCGUCAACCUUUGAGGAUGUGCACUCAGAUAGAUUUCUAUGUGGAACCAGCAAUUGCUUAACCUUUCCAAGGACAGCCGGGAACUAGUGGCUGGAGAAACGGGACUCUAACACUGCUUGCCGUCACGUUAAACAUGGCUGAUUUUCCUGGAUCAUCUACAGCAAAGGACUACGUUACCCACAAUCCUUUCAUGCUACGAAAAAAUGAACAAGUUCUAUGAUUUAAACAUAGUUAGAUAACAGUCAGAUCAUCUUUCCAGAAGCUCCUGUUGCUUAUCUGACGUUUCUGGACAAGUUGUACUCCCCAUACAUUGUUGGAACAACUAUAAAGAAUCCUUUUAACAGAGCCCUUAAGUACAAAGCGUCAGAAAAAAUGGCUAUUAAUCCAUAAUACUUGCCUCAUGUAGUAUUGGUGACAUAUUCAAAUUUACGUGUGCCACAUACAACCUGCUUAAUGCUGUCAAAAAAAUAAUCCUUGAUCUCUUUUUUUUUUUUUCUUGUUUAUUCUUUUCUUUUUCUACACUGUAACAAUAUUUUACCAUGAGCGGGUUGUGGCUUACCACAUGCCAUUUUCUUAAACGCAGUUUGUCUUUUUUCUGCUUUUUAUUUUUACAGAGGCGAGGUUAGACUAAUACAAACUAGAUGUUAUGGUAUAUUGAAACAUGUAAACAUAUAAAAAAAAAACAGCAAAAGAGAAAGUAUGGAAUGAAUGAAAUUAAUGGGGCUAGAAAUAAAUUGAUGCUCUAAUAAUUUUAAUAUCUGUGUUUUUAAAAACGCCUGUUAACUGCUAUUGAGUACAUGUGUCAGUAUUAUAUGAAAUGAAUAAAACCUUUCAAAAAAGGA